AGCAUUCCACUGGCGGAACUAAAACUGCUGUGUUUGGAGCAGCUGGAGGUGAUGUCCAAGAAACGUAUCAGGCGUAUUCUUGCAGGCGAGGAGUCCGCCAAUAUUUCCUCUUCUGGAACAGAAGAUGAUACGUCAGACGAGGAGAUACAUCAACCAGACGAUCUCGCUGAGCAUACAAUCAAAAGCGAGGCUGAAGUUGAAGGUCACCCCGCCGACUCCACAUCCGUUCAUCAAGACAGUAUCAGGAAUACCGAAGAAAGGACGGAGCAGGAACGGGCAGAUCUGAUGGAAGUCAAGCAAGAACCGCCAGAUUCCGGAGAUUAUGGUGAAGGAGAGAAUGAGGAAGAGCUUGAGGAAGAACAACCGGAGACAUACACAUCCGGAUCUGAAGAUGGAGAGCUGGUUAGAAGGGAGGACCAGAGUGAAGACUACACAGAGGCACAUGUGAAGCAGGAGCCCAUAAGCGAAGGAGAAGACCACAUGGAAGAGCAGGACGAAGAUGCAGAGAUGGGUAACGUGGAGGAUAUUGAAGGAGACCUUAUGGCCUCCAUGCAGGCUGGCUCAGAUGAAGGGGUGCUGCCCUCCAUCAUGAUGGACCAGAUGGAGCUUCUAGAGCUGGAGAUGAGGGCUAGAGCCAUCAAAGCCAUGCUGAGUUCACAUGGGGAUGUGACUUCCUUUGAUGAUGAUGAGUAUGAGGUUGAUGAUUGUGAUGAGGAUGAGGAUGUUGUUGAGGAAAUUUCUGAAGCUGAUUGUCAUGUUGAUGACAAUGCAGAUGUCUUGGACUCCUAA